CCACCCUCCUCCCGCUCCUCGCACCAUCCCAUCCCCGCCUCCUCCUCGCUCUGCGCCUCCUCCCGGGCUGCGGGCAGGUCGCCCCACGCCGCCGCCGCACCUCGAGUCCGGACAGCCUGCUGGAGGCACACACGCCCACCUCCGCGCCCCCAGCCGCACCCCUGCCCAGCAUGUCGGCGCUCGAGUGGUACGCCCACAAGUCCCUGGGCGACGGCGUCUUCUGGAUUCAAGAACGCUUCUACGAGUCGGGCAACCGCGCCAAUAUCUGGCUGGUGCGCGGCUCCGAGCAGGACGUGGUGAUCGACACGGGCCUGGGGCUGCGCAGCCUGCCCGAGUACCUGUACUCCUCCGGCCUCCUGCAGGACGGCGGGGCCAAAGAGGACGCGGCCUGCAGGCCGUUGCUGGCCGUGGCCACCCACGUGCACUUCGACCACUCCGGCGGCCUUUACCAGUUUGACCGGGUGGCCGUGCACCAUGCCGAGGCCGAGGCACUGGCUCGCGGGGACAACUUUGAGACCGUGACCUGGCUGUCCGACAGUGAGGUGGUGCGGGCGCCCAGCCCCGGCUGGAGGGCCAGGCAGUUCCGAGUGCAGGCGGUGCAGCCCAGCCUCAUCCUGCAGGAUGGGGAUGUAAUCAACCUUGGUGACAGACAGCUCACUGUUAUGCACAUGCCUGGUCACUCCAGGGGCAGUAUUUGCUUACAUGACAAAGACCGAAAGAUCCUCUUCAGUGGAGACGUUGUGUAUGACGGAUCACUGAUUGAUUGGCUCCCAUACAGCAGGAUAAGUGACUAUGUUGGAACCUGCGAACGUCUGAUAGAACUAGUGGACAGAGGUCUGGUAGAGAAGGUGCUUCCUGGGCAUUUCAAUACCUUUGGUGCUGAAAGGCUUUUUCGGUUGGCUUCUAACUAUAUUGCAAAAGCCGGGAUAUGUCACAAAGUUUCUACUUUUGCCAUGCGAUCUCUUGCAAGUUUAGCCCUACGUGUAACAAAUUCUAGGACCUCACCCUAGUACCUAUACUGAUGACCUAUUUAGAGUAACUCUAUAAAUUACUCAAAUUCACUUUGUGCUGAUUAAAAUGAUUCAUGGUCAGCAUUUCAAAAAGUGCUAUUAUACUACUGUUGUAUAUUAGAGAAACAAAAGGUUGAGAAUGAAUAAGCCAAAAAAGAAGUUCUUAGUUUAAUUUUUUUCUUUCUUCCAAAUAAUAAACCUCUUAAGUACAAUUAUAAUCUGCCAAAGCUGUCAUCUUGUAAUAUUUGCCCUAGAAGUGACAUAAAAAUAUAUGGAGAAGCAAGGAGGCAUUUUGUAGUAAGAGAACUGUCCUUGCCCACCAUUUGUCUUAUUUUAUUUCCUAGAUGACCUAGAAAAAGGACAUAAAGAGUGUUUCGUUUAUACUCCAAACUUGAUAUUUUUAGUAUAUUAUUUAAAAGUAAAGGUUCUUGGGUUUAAAAUACAUUAGAACUCAAUACAAACAUAUAAACUAAGAUUUAGAAUGACAGCUAAAACAAUCCAUUAUUAUGAUACAGAAUUUUUAUGCUUCAUUUUAUUUAUUCUUAAUGUAAUUAUUGUAUACAUUAUAUGUUGUGUUAUUUUACUUACAAAAGUACAAUGAAUUUUGUUUUAUUGCAAAGCUUUAAAUGUAAAUUGCAGAGUGCUUCAGUAAAAAGAUGUUAUAUAUUGUUGUUAUUAUGUAUGUGUAAUAUUUUCAGUCAUAAAAGUGAAAUUCAAAUGUCUGUAAUCUAACUACAAAUUGUCAGAUUUCUUAAAAGGACACUGUCAGGCAAACCUGAAAAAUAUACACAUUGAGAAUUUUUAUUAUAUCCUAUUUUAAUAUUAACAGCUAUGAUAAACAAAAUUUUUCUUGUGAGAUAGCAGCUUCAGUAUAUGUCAUAUUUUAUAGUAUCAAAACAACUAUAGAGAUCUACAGCAUCCUGAUCUAAACCCUUCUUUUACUUAACAUAACAUACAUUUGUACCACUGAAGGCUUUUCAAAUUAAUUGCAAAAUGUGCAUUAGAUAUUGACUUAGAGUGAAUUGCCUUUUUAAUCCUGAUUCACAACACCUAUUCCUAUUCAGUAUUCUUUGUCUUGAGUGAAAUGAAGUCUACAUUUUUAAAGUUAUAGGAAAGAUUAUACCACUGUUUAGUAAAAUGUUUGGUUUGGUGCUCUUAAUAAUUUAUUUAAAAACCUUUUGAAAUACUUCAUAAAGGUUUUUAAAAAAGUCUUCUCACUGCCUUUUUAUUAUUGACAUGUCCAAGACCAAACUGAAAUAGCUUUGGAAAUCAGAUUUUCAGUUUUAGGAAGGUCCAGCAAUUGAUUUCUGAAAAAUUAUGAAACUUUUUCUACCCUACACCCACCCAGGUUCUUUAGUCUUUGAUUCACUCAACACACACGUGCACACACGCCCAAAUGCAUACACACAGUCACAUACAUGCAUGCACAGCAUUGCGCUAAACACUGUGGAAGCUUAAAAAGUCAAAGAGACUACAUCCUAGCUGGAAGUAGAAGGCAAACAAAAUAUGUAUAAUAUUAUAUGCAGAUUCAAGUUGAUACAAAUUACACACGAGUGUCAGGACAUAAAUGGAGGGAAUGUGAAAUUUGAUUAGGGUAAGAUUCCUGGAGGAGGGGUUUUUGAGUGAGAUUUUAAAAGGAUGAUUUGUUAGGUGGUCAGGGUAGGAAAGAAAAAGACUCAAGACAGGGAUGGAAGCGAUGCUGUCUACAGUAGGCUUUUCCCUAUGACAAUUUCAAUUUAAUUUUCAGGAAUCUUAGGUCUUCCAAACACCAGGUAUUUAGCAUUAGAAAGGGGUUUGUGAUUGUGUAUAUAAGAAUCAUCCUUAAUCACAGACAAGCUGUACUGCCGCAUGCGACCAAAUGAACCUUUACUUAAAAUCAGUAAGGAGGCCAUGAUUGUUCAAAUGUAGAAUAUCAUGGGCGUUUCUCUAUGAGUCAUUCAAGGCAGUAGGUCUGUUUCAGUUGAUAGUGCAACAUAAAGAAUAUAAAUUUGGUUCAGGGCAACUACAAAUAAUCACUUAAUGAGCCUUAAAUAUAGCCAUUAUUUUUAUAUCAGUAGCACAAAAGAAAACCAAAAGUCCUUAACCAUUGACCAUUCUAUCAUACUUUUUUUUAAAAUCAGGGUAUACUAGGCACUAAUUUUUAUUGAGAAAUAUUUAAGCCUGAUGAAGGCUUUAUUUCUAAAAGUACAAUUUUUCAAAACACAUUCAUUUUAUUUUUAAUUUUUUUUUCAGUUUUUCAGAUUGUACCAAAACAUAAGACUAUGAUAUUUUACUAUUACUUCAAUAUAAAUAAAUAGAGGAAAGCAUCUAUCGUCCAUUUAGUGCCCAUGCUAAGAAUUUCAAAGUGUGCAUUAUUUAAUUUAAUCCUGGCCCCAGGGCCAAGUAGUAAUUGACCAGCCUCAUACAACACAACUUUGGACAAAGCUGGUAAUUGAACACAGGUCUGCCUGCCUCCCAAACUGUGCUUUCUCUUAUACCUGCACAAUAACAUAAAAUUGGCAAGUGUAUUUUUACUUUCCAAGAUGCCACAUGUGCCAAGAACAAAUCAAAUGAUGUUAAAGCAUAAUAGCAUAUUUUAAAAAAAGCUUUAAAAAAUAUAUAUAUAUAUCACCCUGACAGUGACCCUUGUUGUAAUUUAUGUUUUUUGGAAAUGAUAGCAUGUAAGUAUAAUUCAAAGUUGUCAAAAUGUAAGACAUUUGGAAGUAAUUUUUAUUUUAUUGUUAAUAAUUGAAUCUUUGGAAAUUCAUUUUCCUUAUUUAGUGUUUCCUUUUAACUGAGAAGUCUUAAACAAAACAUUGUAUGUUAUCCUGGUAUAGGUAAAUAAAUGGUUAUGUAUAGUUGUUCUUAUACGGAUAGUAAUAUGAAUGUGACAUGCACAAGUUGUCCUCAUAAUUUUGGGAUAAAUGUAAACAUUUGUGUGAUCAGUAUUAAAGUGGACAUUUUAUUUCAA